AUGCAUAGCAGGAGAAAGCUAAGGCUCCGAGUGGGGUUGCGGAUGGUUCAGGCAGUGAACUGUACUCGAUGGAGAAUGCCUAGUGACAAAGGUUUGUUUGAGGAUGGGGAUGUGGUCAUUGGUGGACUAUUUAACGUUCAUUACUUAGCUCCAGCUGAAGACAGUGACUUCACUAAACAACCAGACAACUUUCCUUGCACUGAUUUGCAAAAUCUGCCUCUACAGUAUAUCAAUGCUAUGGCUUUUGCUAUAGAAGAAAUCAAUAAUAGUUCAGCCUUGCUACCGGGGGUGAAGCUGGGCUAUCAUAUUCAUGAUAGUUGUGCCCUCCCUGCUUUUGAACUACCAGCAGCUCUGUCAAUGGUUGGUGGAGACUCCCCUACCUGUAACAUUGCAGCCGAAUAUGAAGAGGAAAUCGGAGCGAGAACAGGUAAGCAGGCUGUUCCUUUGAUCAUUGGUGGUUCUUCAUCUGGAACAGCCCAGAUACUCUCCAGGAUCCUGGGGCCACUUUCUGUGAGCUACACAGCUAGCUGCACAUGUCUAAGUGACAGGCAACAAUACCCAAACUUCUUCAGGACAAUGGCUAGUGAUAUUUACCAAACCCAGGCUAUUGUCCAGCUUGCCAUACACUUCAAAUGGACCUGGAUUGGUGCAGUGAUUACAAAUACUGAUUAUGGGCUUAUGGCAGUGAAGGUAUUUCAGGAGGGGAUUCAGGGGACAGGAGUGUGUCUGGCAUUUGUAGAGAUUCUCCAAAGGGAAAAUAUUGUGAGCGAUGCCAGGCGAGCAGCGCUUACAAUUCAGGCUUCAGCAGCUAAGGUGAUUUUGAUCUUCACCUGGUACACGGAUGUGACAGAACUGUUUCUGCAACUGGCCAAGAUAAAUGUGACUGACAGGCAGUUUCUGGCCAGUGAGGCUUGGAGUACCAGCAGUGAUCUUCUCCAAAAUCCUGUCUCUAGUAAAGUGGCAAGAGGUGUUCUUGGUGUGGCCAUUCGAAGUACAACUCUACCUGGAUUUGAAAAUUAUAUACAGAAUUUGAACAUGGCUCGUCGCCCUGAUGAUGAGUUCUUAAGGGAAUUUUGGGAAAAGGAGUUUAGGUGCAGUCCUGGAGAUACUCCUCAAUCUUCUUUUACUUCAUCAUCACGUGCCCGUGCUGACAGGUCCCUUCAGAGAGCUGCUUUACCACCAUGCAAUGGCACAGAGACUUUGAAGGGAGUACACAAUCUCUUUACUGACACCUCUCAGCUACGAGUAACAAAUAAUGUCUAUCUUGCAGUUUAUGCUGCAGCCCACGCUCUUCAUAAUCUUCUCUCUUGCCCUGACAUACACAGUCCUACUGGAAACAACAUCUCCACCUGCUCCUUUCCAAAACAAAUCAAACCUUUUGAGCUAAUGCAGCACCUUAGCAAAGUGAACUUCACUACACCACAGGGUGACCUGUUUUAUUUCCAAGGGGCUGACAUUCCAGCAAAAUACGACCUUGUUAACUGGCAAAGAACCCCUGAAGGACAGCCCCAUCUUGCUGUGAUUGGUCGUGUGGAUGGGUUUGAUCUCCACUUCAAUGAGUCCGCAAUUCAAUGGAGCACAGGAUCCAAUCAGGUACCUGUUUCAGUGUGUAGUGAGAGGUGCCCCCCAGGUACGCGGGUGGCCACCAGGAAAGGGGAACCGAUCUGCUGUUUUGACUGCAUCCCGUGUGCUGAUGGGGAGAUUAGCAAUACAACUGGUUCUGCUCACUGUGAGCAUUGUCUGUCUGAGUUCUGGUCCAAUGCUGAACGGACAGCUUGCAUCCCCCGCCAGUUGGACUUUCUUUCGUUUAAUGAAACUUUGGGCAUUACCCUCACAGCAGUAGCUGUUUCUGGUGUCGUAGUGACAACAGCUGUGUUUGUGGUGUUCCUUUAUUACCGUCAAACACCUGUGGUACGUGCCAACAACUCGGAGCUGAGCUUCCUGCUUCUCUUGUCGUUGAAACUCUGUUUCCUGUGCUCGCUGGUGUUCAUUGGCCGUCCAUCAGUCUGGUCUUGUCAAUUCCAGCAGGCAGCUUUUGGGAUUAGCUUUGUACUGUGUGUGUCAUGCCUCCAAGUCAAGACCAUCGUGGUUUUGGCAGCGUUCCGCUCCGCUCGGCCAGGCGCUGAAGCCUUAAUGAAGUGGUUUGGUCCAGCACAGCAAAGAGGAAGCAUUUGCUUUUUCACCUGUAUACAGGUAAUCAUCUGUAUUAUUUGGCUCUCGCUCAGCCCUCCGAUACCUCGGCCUGACUUGGAAGUCCCAGGAUUAAAGGUUACUCUGAAGUGUGCCAUGGCCUCUGUGGUGGGUUUCUCUCUGAUAUUGGGCUACAUUGGCCUUCUCGGCUGCACCAGUCUCCUCUUAGCCUUUCUUGCCAGGAAACUCCCCGACAACUUCAAUGAAGCCAAACUCAUCACCUUCAGCAUGCUGAUUUUCUGUGCUGUCUGGGUGGCUUUUGUUCCUGCUUAUGUUAGUUCUCCUGGAAAAUAUGCAGUAGCAGUGGAGAUUUUUGCCAUCCUUGCCUCAAGCUUUGGUUUACUGUUCUGUAUCUUUGCUCCAAAGUGUUUCAUUAUACUUUUGAGGCCAGAGAAAAAUACUAAGAAAAAUCUAAUGGCCAGGUAG